AUGACUUCUUCACCUCAUGCCACACCUAUAGAGCUUGUGAAAGUAUUAAAGGAGUGUAUUGAAAAAGCAGCUGAAUCUGGAGUUAAAACAUAUGACUGCAAGUUUAGGGAGGAGUGUCUCCUUAUACCCCAUGCACAUUUUUGGGCUGGUGAUAAUCCAAUGCAAGCGGAGGAGUGUAGUCAUGCUGGGCUUCAUUGCAAUUUUUUCUGUCGGGAAUGUAAAGUUGGGGGAACUCAAGAAGAGAAGUGGUCUGAUGAUGGAUAUCUAAAGCUCUUCAAGGUGGACCUGGCGAACACCGUACACCAGAAGAUACAGCUUCCGAGAUAUUUGAACAACUGCAACUUUCAACAUUACAAGGUGCUACCUACUGAGAAGCUAAAGAAACAUAAAGCAAGCACUGGAAUCAAUGAUUCAAUCAGUGGAAACUCUCUUCAGGCAAUUGUUGACCUUGGUAAAGGUUUGUAUAGUGGAAAGCAUCUGGAUGGUGUUGGGAAAACAAAGGAAGAACUUCAGGCACAACUUGGGGAGGAAGUUAAACAUGUUGUAGCAGAAUAUGGUAUCAAUCCUUUAAUCGGCAUGCCAGGUGUCAAUAUGCAUCAAGAUACUCCCACAGAAAUACUACACACUAUAUUAUUGGGUGUUGUGAAGUAUUUCUGGGGCCAGACUUCUCAUAUACUGGAGAAGACUAAAGACUUUUCAACCUUCCAAACACGGCUUGCAUCCAUUGACACCUCAGGACUCAAUAUACCAAAAAUAUCUGCAGAAUACAUCUGCACUUACAAGGGUAGUCUCAUUGGGAAGCAUUUCAAGAGUUUGGCACAGCUAAUGCCUUUCCUAAUCUACAACUUGUCCUACAAAAGGUACUCAAUGCAUGGUCCAUUAUUGGAGAACUGGUGGUUCUCAUAUGGCAUACCCAAAUUGACGAUAUGGAAGAAUAUUUAG